UAAAAGGAGAGCAAGGUGUUGGGAAUUUGAGGUGGUCUGCUUCGUUAUGAGGUAAAGAGUGCAGAGAGAUGGGAAGAGCCCCUUGUUGCUCUAAAGUUGGUUUGCAUAGAGGUCCAUGGACUCCCAGAGAAGAUGCAUUGCUCACUAAGUAUAUUCAAGCUCAUGGAGAAGGCCAGUGGAGAUCACUUCCAAAAAGAGCUGGGCUUCUGAGGUGCGGAAAAAGUUGCAGACUGAGAUGGAUGAACUAUCUGAGACCAGACAUAAAGAGAGGAAACAUAACCCCUGAAGAAGAUGAUCUUAUAAUUAGAAUGCAUUCACUUUUAGGAAAUAGAUGGUCCCUCAUCGCUGGAAGAUUACCAGGACGAACAGAUAAUGAGAUCAAGAACUACUGGAAUACCCAUCUCAGUAAGAAGCUGAGAAAUGAAGGAACCGAUCCAAAGACAGGCGACAAGUUAACUGAAAAAAAGAAGGGUAAAAAGAAGAAUAAGCAAAAGAAUAAGGAGAAUAACAACAACAACAACAAAGGGUCAGAGAAAACCUUAGUCUAUCUACCAAAACCCAUAAGGGUUAAGGCUCUAUCAUGUAUACCCAGAAGUGAUAGCACCUUCACCCUCGAUUCUAAUAGUGCAUCAACGAGCCAAGAGAAAGUGCAAAGCCCAGAAGCAAAAGAGGUAAACAUGGUUUGGGAGGUUGGUAACGAUGGAGAUAAUGUGGGGAACAUUGUGUUCUUUGGUCAAGACCAUGACCUAGUCAACAGCGCCUCUUACGUUGAAUCUCAUUCUGAUCAUGUUCACACGGAUCAUGGUACGUUGGAGAAGCUCUACGAAGAAUACUUGCAGCUCUUGAAUGUUGAAGACAAACCAGAUGAAUUAGAUUCUUUUGCUCAAUCUUUAUUGAUGUAAAUGUACAAAUAAUGGUAAAAAUGGUUGGCAUAAAUAAAAUAUGAACUUUGCUUUAGCUAUA